AUGAAGCCUCGCAAAACUCACCUGAAAUCACGCACAGGAUGUGCAACAUGCCGUGCAAGGCGGAUAAAGUGUGAUGAGUCCAAGCCACAAUGCAUCAACUGUACUCGACGGCAGGUCCGUUGUGACUUUCUGGGAGUUGCAUCCUCUUCACAAACUUCGCCAGAAGAGCCUUCACCUCAAGUGGCUCGUAUUUUGCACGCUCUCUCGGACAACGAUGCAGAUGGUUCCAUCGAACCAGAGCCUGCUUCUCUUCUGAGAUUGUUUCCGACGGAUUGCCCAGACUUGUCAAAGCAGGAACGAUUUCUGAUGGCACAUCUCUGUGGAAUUAGUGAUAAUCUUGUUGCUGCCGGAAUGCAAGAUCUGGAUUUUGGUCUCUCGCUGUUGCCAGAGNUUCGUACACCCCAGACACAAGACAAGGCUUUUUUUUCUGACCGCAACGAUAGGGCUCACCGCAUAGCAGUCGACUGCUCGUUUGUCCGACACAGCGCUUGUGCCCUUGCUAGCACGCAUUUGGCGUUUCUAACUCAGGCAUCGUCAAUGGUUCACCUGGCCUACUACUACAAGUGUUUGGCACUUCGGGGACUUCGUGAGUCCUUGAGGAUACUCAAUCAGGACAACGUUGAUGCCAUGCUAGCUGCCUCCUACCUGCUGAGCUGGCAAGCUUCUNCAAAGGCCCUAAUUGAGAUGGAAAACUUCGGUCACCAGUCAAAGCUCAGGAGUCUCACUCAACACUCAAGUAAGCAUGUCAAGCUCGAGGCCGGUAACACCGAGUACGCGCCCUUCCCAGAGAACAACGCAGUAGAGCUGGCUUGUUCAACACUCAGGGAACUACAGAAACAAGUCAGCGACGAUCCUGAGCUCCUCCGUGGCACCAAAGAGUUGAUCAAUUUCAUGCAAAACUUGCGAAUAUCUCCACCAGGACCGACAGCCGACGAGCAAUUACAGGCGCUGUAUCCAAUUCGUCAUUGGGUACCAUGGCUUCCAAGAUCGCUGAUCAGUCUGUCCGAUCGUGAACCGCUUAUUCUGAUCUUUCUUGCACAUUACCAUAUGGUCGUUUUAGCAGUUGAGUCGAUUCUCCCAGCCGCGCCAAACUUUACCCUUGCGUCCAAGCGCGUCGAAUUCAUCGAACGACNNUUGGAAACAACGAUCGGCCAAGUAUACAAACCAUCAGAGAAGUUGCCAAAGCCAUCAGGUACUCGGAGACGAAGAGAAAGUCUCGAGAACCUGAUGUCUGGUCCCUCGGCUUUCGCUCGGCAGUUUCAUCUCACCAAUCUGCUGUCUGCGGAGUCGAGUCCAUUGUGGGGAAACACCCAAACCACAAACGGGGAUCAGGGCGCAGAGCCGCAGUGGCAGGACCCUGCCUACAACUCUGUCGACUUCACCCUGUACCGAUAA